GGAUUAAACAACAUUUGUGUUUCCAGUGGCUGUGUUAAGGAUGGAAAGUAAUAAGGUGUUCGCGAAUCAGCAACCAAUGGAGAAAUACGAGAAACUAGCCAAAAUUGGAGAAGGCUCUUACGGGGUGGUUUUCAAGUGCAGAAACCGAGACACAGACCAAAUUGUCGCCAUCAAAAAGUUUGUGGAAUCAGAAGACGAUCCCAUGAUCAAGAAGAUUGCGCUGAGGGAAAUACGCAUGCUGAAGCAGUUGAAGCACGUUAAUCUGGUUAAUUUACUGGAGGUGUUCCGCAAGAAACGGCGCCUCCAUCUGGUCUUUGAGUUCUGCGAGCAGACGGUCCUCAACGAGCUGGAAAAACACCCUCGAGGGGUUCCCGAGGCUCAGCUGAAGAGCAUCGUGUGGCAGACGCUACAGGCGGUCAACUUUUGCCACAAGCACAAUUGCAUCCACCGUGACGUUAAGCCUGAGAACAUCCUCCUCACCAAGACCGGCAUUAUCAAGUUGUGCGACUUUGGGUUCGCUCGCAUUCUCACGGGACCAGAAGACGACUACACGGACUACGUGGCAACCCGCUGGUACCGUGCUCCAGAACUGCUGGUCGGGGACACUCAGUACGGCCCCCCGGUGGACGUAUGGGCGCUGGGAUGCGUUUUUGCUGAGCUGCUCUGCGGGAGUCCGCUCUGGCCGGGGAAGUCCGACGUGGACCAGCUCUACCUCAUCCGCAAAACUCUCGGGGACCUCAUCCCUCGGCACCAGCAGGUGUUCCGCUCUAAUGUGUUUUUCAGUGGAGUUAGUAUUCCGGAACCUGACACCACGGAAACUCUGGAAAAGCGAUUUUCUGGAGCAUCGUCACAGGCUCUCCAGGUCAUGAAGUCGUGCCUAGUGAUGGAUCCGUCACUCAGGCUGUCGUGCGAGGAGCUUCUGGCGCUGCCCUACAUCCACGGGGAUGCUAGCACCGCUUGGGCUCGCGAGGGGGAACAACGUCUCGCUAGACGCCAUGACAGAGGGUUCCGUCGCAGACAGACUGGGGCUCAGUACCUGCCACAGUUAGCAAACAGCAACAUGUCACCGGCACCUGAUGUCAAGAAGCCGGUGAAAAUCAAGUAUCACCUGCCUAAUAUUUAGCCAAUAACCAGCAGCCAUCUUCUUCGUUGUGUACAUCUAGACUGGUACUUUAAUUUAUAAUGCCCCAACUUGGUAGUGUUUUGAGCAGUCACUUGGUUAAUAUAUAUACG